AUGCGGGCAAGGCUAGAUCAAGCUCCCAAGGCCACCUCGGAUGAAGAUGAAUCUAUGGCGGAAGACAACGAAGACUCUUGGUCUGGCCUUUCUUCCCACGACCAGUAUAUGGACAGUAUUGCUUCCAUAUCCGAUUUGCAAGACAUCAUGCCAGCAGAGGGCCCAUAUGACGCUACAGACCCAUUGCUAUCGACUUCUAGUGAAAAGCUCAAUGAAGUCGAGCUUCCUCAGGAAUCAACGGAUAGCACUACCGGCUCGUCGCCCUCAGCAAGCAGUUCAGUAAUUUCUGAUUCUGGGCUUUCUGAAGAAUCUCAUUGUAACUCGACCGCUGCAGUUGCUCUGGAACCUGUUGAUGAACCUGAGCGGGACAACAUUGCUCAGGAUUUGGAUAUGCAAGAGGCACCUGAAGACGAGAAAUACUUGGCUAUUGCCGAGCAUCUCGAGGCUAGUGACACUGAGUCAGGGGAUGAAUCCGAGGACGAAAAUGAGAGCGAUAGGGCCAGCGAAAAGAAUACCCCGGAUAUCAGGUCACCAUCGGCACUGUCUAACAACAAGACACCACAAAUCUCGACCGUAGAUCAAGAGUUGCAGACAACAUCUUCUGCAACUGGGCUAUUGAAGCCCGAUAGUUGCAAUCACCCUUCUGCAACCGCGACUCCUCCGGAAGAAUCACAGCCCAGUGGAGGAAUCGCCUCUCCGUCGGGCCAAGCGACAAGUCCCGUGGUUGUCCAGGAGAAGGAAACAGAGGUUAUUUCAACUCCCAAGGCGAUUAACACUCGUCUGGAUUUCAACUCGAGCCAGCCAUGGAAUCACGACACUUCGCCGACUAUUGUCAUCACUCCUGUGGACGAACAUACGAAGCAGGAAUUAGAUUAUUCGGCUUCAAAGGAAAUUGCUUCAGUUCCUUUCUCACAACAGAGUCCUUGGGCAACGAACAAGCUGUCUCAGCAUGAUAUGCUGUCUCCUGGACUGUUACAUACAAAAGACUCAGGAUCGGGGCAAUCGCAGACGAAUGUCGCUGUAGUUCCAGCUAGUCCAGAAGAGCAAUCUCCUUGGACAGGCAAGGUGGCGGAUCUACCAGUCAACCUUUUUCAGCAAACACCCGUUAUUGGGAAGAAGGAUCGAGAAUUACUUCAUGAGUCUACCACGCCGGCUAUUGGUACUGAAGCCAAUGCUCAGAUGCAGAAGGAAUACAGACCUGCGACUCCUGUUAUGGCAUUGACGCCUGAGCCCCAAUUCUCGGUCAAAUCAUUUGCCUCUUUUGGGUCAAAUGAGCGCAGCUCUAAAACCAAACGUGCAAUUUGGAGGGAGUCGGGUGGCCUUCCCAGCACACAGGCCAUAUUGGCUUCAGCAAUCAAGAAUCCCUGGGAAACCAAGAGUUCUGAGCGCCGUGUCUCCUUUGCGCCAUUACCCAACUGGCGAACUGCAGAAUCGAGCAUGCCCGCAAUGCCAUGCCCUUCUCUUACCAAACGCCAGGGCUCCCCGCCACCGGAUACACCUAUAUCUGAAUUGCCCACGUCAGAUGGCGACAGAUUCCAGAAACACUUCAACGCCGUCUCUCAAGGACCCGUCAUCCGGCGUAACCAGCGCCUUUUGCCAUCAGAAUCACAGUGCACUGCCGGUAGCCCCUUGCCAGAUGCUAUGGCUAAUGCAUUUAUUGCAGCAGAUCAGUUGCGACAACCGGUAACUUCUACAGAUCCUGCUAAGAGCGAUCUCGAGACCGAAGAGUCGCAAGAUCCAUUUGAUAUGGUAGCAGAUAUUAUGCUCGAACAAUUUGAUCCCGUUGGUAGCACGAGCCUCACGAUACAAUCACCUAUCUUGAGUCAAAGGCACCAAAGCCCAUGGUAA